UUUCCGGUAACGAAGGCGGCAACCAAGAUGGCGGACUGGGCAGCUGUGGCUUCCUGGACAAGAUUCAAGCUUACGAUUUAAAGGCAAAUAUAGCAACACAUCCCUCGAAAUAAUCGUCCUUUUUUAAAGCCCACGAAACGGAAGUUGAGUUUGUAGCGAUGGAGUUUUGUCUGACGUGAAGAUUGAAGACGUGAUAGAAGAUGGACGACUACUGCUAUGCUAAGAUGGCGACGUCCGCUAAAAGAGAACAUGAAAGAGAAUCACCAACGGAGAUAAACACGAAAGAUGAAGACGUCCAGCAGCUGAUUGGUCUUCCAGAGGCACUUCCCCCUCAGAGACUCGGAAAAAGCUCCACUUUGAAGCAGGAGACUCCACAACCAUCCCACAUUAAAAAGGAAGAGGAGGAACUCUGGAUCACUCACGAGGGAGAGUGUCUUCUAGGACCACAGGAAGAUGAUCUUACCAAGUUGCCAAUGACUGUUGUCUCUGUGGACACUGAAGAUGAUGAAGAGAAACCACAAGUAGACAACCUCUUAGCUCCACUAUCAGAUAGUGAGGCUGAAGUCGAAGUUGAAGUAACAUUGAGCAGCGAUACAGACUGUGAAGGUGAUAUGAGGACUCACACUGACAAACAGUCUGGAUGUUCUAAAAAGAAAAGCAGUAAAACCUGUUUAGGCAGCCCAGUUUGUGCUAAAAGCUUUACUAAAAAGAGCCAUUUGACUCAACACAUGAGAACACACACAAAAGAAAAAACAUUUAAUUGUUAUGUUUGUGAUAAAAGCUUUUCUCAUAAGAGCAUUUUGACUGAACACAUUAGAACGCACACAGGAGAAAAACCAUUUAAUUGUUCAUUUUGCGGUAAAAGCUUUUCCCAAAAGAGUAAUUCAAUUCGACACAUGAGAACACACACAGGAGAAAAACCAUUUAAUUGUUCAAUUUGUGGUAAAAGCUAUUCCGAUAAAAGCAAUUUGAGUCAACACAUAAGAACACACACAGCAGCUAAACCGUUUUAUUGUUCAGCUUGUGGUAAAAGCUUUUCUCAUGAGAGAAAAUUGAUUCAACACAUGAGAACGCACACAAACGAGAAACCAUUUAAUUGUUCAGUUUGCUGUAAAGGCUUCCCUUAUGAGAGAAAUUUGAUUCAACACAUGAGAACACACACUGGGGAGAAGCCAUUUAAUUGUUCAGUUUGUGGCAAAAGGUAUGUUUCAAGGCAUGGGUUGAAUGAACAUAUAAUGAAACAUACUACAGAAAACCCAUUUAGUUGUUCAGGCUGGGUAAAAUAUUCCAGUCAUGCAAAUGCAGCAAGACACAUAAGAACACACAAUGGAAAAUAACUGUUUGGUAGGUGGUAUGUUGUUCAUAUGUGGCGACAUCCAUCCAAACCCAGGACCUCCUCACUGCUUCUCUCAUUAUUAUCCUAGGUAUUCGUAUAAAAUGGGACUAUUUGGAGCAUAAUCUUAUCUCCACAUGACCUUAUGUCUUCUGUUUAUCUGAAACUUUCCUGAAUAGUAUGAUAGAUGAUGCUUGUAGUGCUUGGUUACUCCUCCUUUAGGCGAGACAGACCUGAUGAGUCUAGCUGGGGAGGAAUUGUAGUCUUCUUCAGUGGUACUUUCACCGCCUCCAGAACGCCUGACUUUGAACGCCAACAACAUGAAUCGAUUUGCCUGAAACUACACCUUCCAGGUCGCCUGGUGUUCAUGUUUUGUGUCUACAGACCAACAUCAGUUGGUGUACAAAUAAUCUCCCCAUGUUGCAGCCCAAAACAAAACAACCAUGGAAUUCUGGCCCAGAAAUGUUGUUAUAAAAUUGUGUUCUCUUAACACGUCAAAGACAAAUGGCCCUGAUGGGAUCUCAGCAACUGUACUUAAAAACUGUGUGCUGGAGCUUGCCCCAGUACUUGCCAAGCACUUCCAGAUUUCCCUGGACACAAAGACAGUUCCAUCCUUCUGGAAAUCUGCCCAUAUGAUUGGUAGUGUACCUAAAAAGGGAAAAAAACUAACUUUAUUGCACUACAAGCUAAUAUCCCUGCUACCUACUACAUCCAAAGCAUAAUAUGCGACCACAUUCACAAACACCUCGACCAACAUAAAAUGUAAUGUGAUAACAAGUACGGACUCUGUGAGAAUUGAUCUACAAUUGACAUGUUUUCUUACAUCACCCACUGGUGGAACAAUGUUCUCAAUUCGCAACAACACAUUUGAGUUUAUUGUCUUAGAUAUAAAGAGAAAUUGUAUAAACAUAUUUGUUUUCCCUUAAUGGUGGACUAUAUUAGGAUGUCCGAAGUAAAUUUUACCAAAAUCCCUAUAGGAACCAUUUCCACGGAGGAGAACACUGCAUAUUGGUGACAUUUUUACUCUGUUUUAAUUUGACUUCUUGCUAGGAAUACGCUUGUCCGUCCACAAUAUGCUCGAGUCCUCAAGCAAGUGCACUAAAAUCUUUAAACCCAGUUUAAAAAAUAUAUAAAAACAAGACACACAAUACACUUUCCUUGGCAGAAUACAAUGGGUUUGGAAAGUAUUCAGCGCUCUUUAAAUUGUUCACUCUUUGUUUUAUUGCAGCCUUUUGCUAAAAUCCAAAAAGUUAAGUUUAUUUCUCAUGAAUGACAGAAAAAUGUAGAAUUCUUUGCAAAUGUAUUAAAAUAGAAAAUGGUCGUAAGUAUUCAGACCCUUUGCCGUGACACUGAUAUUUAACUCACAUGCUGUCCAUUUCUUCUGAUCCUCCUUGAGAUGGUUCUGCUCCUUAAUCGGAGUCCAUUUGUGUUUAAUUAAACUGAUUGGACUUGAUUAGGAAAGGCACACGCCUGUCUUUACAAGACCUUGAAGUCUCACUAUGCAUUUCAGAAACAAAUGAGAAUCAUGAGGUCGAAGGAACUGCCCAAGGAGCUCAGAGACAGAAUUGGGAUAUCAUUUCUACAGCAUUCAAUGUUCCUAAGAGCACAGUGGCUCCCAUGACCACAACUCUUCCUAGACCUGGCCGUCCAGUCAAAGUGAGCAAUCGUGGGAGAAUAGCCUAAAGGUAAAGAAGAACCCAAAGAUCACAGCGAGAUGGGAGAAAGUUCCACAAAGUCAACCAUCACUGCAGCCUUCCACUAGUCUGGGCUUUAUGGCAGAGUGGCCUGACGGAAGCCUCUUCUCAGUGCAAGACAUAUGAAAGCCUGCAAAAAAAAACACACGAAUGACUCCCAGACUAUGAGAAAUAAGACUCUCUGGUCCAAUGAGACCAAGAUUGAACUUCUUUGGCGUUAAUUGUAAGCAGGAUGAAAAGAGCACAGCUCCUUUCCCCCAUUCUCAGCACAUUCUACAGAGGCACUAUAGAGAGCCUACUGACCAACAGCAUCUCUGUCUGGACUGGAGCCUGCAGUGCCUCAGACUGGAAGUCUCUGCAGAGAGUGGUGAGGACGGCGGAAAAGAUCAUCAGGACUCCUCUUCCUCCUAUCCAGGAGAUCGCAAAAAGCCGCUGCCUGACCAGGGCUCAGAAAAUCUGCAGAGACUCCUCCCACCCCCACCAAGGACUGUUUUCACUGCUGGACUCUAGAUAGAGGUUCCGCAGGCUCCGUAGCAGAACCUCCAGGUUCCGUAACGGCUUCUUCCCUCAGGCCAUAAGACUCUUGAACACAUUAAAAUAAUCGCCUCAAUUCCCCCCAACAAUGGAUUAACUGGCUGGAAUAUAAAGACAAUAUAACAUACAUCCAUAAACGUGGAUGCAUAUGCAAAAGUGCAAUAUAUUUAUCUUGCAAAUGCAACGAAAUUUAGUUCUUAUCUGUACUGUAAAGUUCAAAUUUGAAUGACAAUAAAAGGAAGUCUAAGUCUAAGCAAUAUGUGUGAAGAAAAUCAGGCACUGCUCAUUACCUGUACAAGACAAUCCCAACAGUGAAACAUGGUGGUGGCAGCAUCAUGCUAUGGGGGUGUUCUUCAGUUACAGGGACAGGACGCCGUGUUGCAAUUGAAAGAAACCUCUUCCAGAGUGCUAAGGACCCGGGCCGAGGGUUCACCUUCCAACAAGGCGAUGACCCUAAGCACACAGCUAAAAUAACCAAGGAGUGGCUUCGAAACAACUCUGUGACCAUUCUUGACUGGCACAGCCGGAGCUCCGAGCUGUCCCAGCUCAAAACGAUGCUUCCACUCAAAGGGUCUGAAUACUUAUGACCAUGUGAUAUUUCAGUUUGUUUGUUUUUUCAAUAAAUUUGCUAAAAAUUCUGCAUUUCUCUUUUUUUCUGUCAAAAUGAGGUGCUGGGUGUACAUUAAUGAGAAAUAAAAUGAACUUUUUGGAUUUUAGCAAAUGGCUGCGAUGAAACAAAGAGUGAACAAUCUAGAGAGGUCUUAAUACUUUUCAUACCCACUCAUUAUUUAUUGUUCUGGUUUCUUAAGAGCCAUAUUUGUGUUAUUUGAAUGUUUAAAUAUGUUUAUUUUCUACCACUUUAUGGAAUUAUUUUGGUUUAUGUGACCUCACGUGGGUUCAUUUCCUGUUGUAUGUAAACACGUCCGUGUAUGGAUUUUCAUAUUUACCUUUACUGUAUAGUAGUGAUGUUUUAAUAUCUUGCUUUGUCUGAAUAUUAAUAUUAUUUUUCUUAUGACCAUUUUUUUUAAAAUAUGAUUUUUUAUUUUUAUGAUCACGUUGUUGCCGUUUUGAAAGCUAUUGUUGCUGUAUGGUGUUUUGUGUCGCUUUGUUAUUGAAAUAAAGAUAAAUAAUUAAUGUAUGCAGCAAGCUGUUGGAGAUCUUUUUUCAGUCUGUCGUGGCCAGUGCCCUGUACUUUGCAGUGGAUUUGUUGGG